AUGGGUCAGUUUGACAAUACUAAUACCGUGGCUGCCAACGUUCUAGGGACUAUUGGUACAGUGCUAUGGUGUGUACAGCUUAUACCCCAAAUCAUUCGCAAUUACAGAGUGAAAGACUGCUCGGGACUCCCUCCGUUGAUGUUAUUUCUUUGGGCGGCGUGUGGGAUCCCUUUUGCAAUAUAUUUCAUAGCCACCGAGGCAGCGAUCCCCGUUCAAGUCCAACCAGAAGUGUUCACGGUGUUUUGCGCAAUCACCUGGGCCCAAUCGUUAUAUUAUCCUCCAUGCUCGAUGCAAUGGCAGAAGAUUGCCAUGUGCGUGGGGCUGUUACUUGCAGUGUCCGUGGGACUUCAAGCAGGAAUGAUCACAUACUUGAAGAACAACUACGCUGACGACCCAAAGAACUGGAGAUUCUUGAUCUUUGGGAUCAUUGCCUCGGUGCUUUUGGCGAUCGGAUUACUUCCACCAUACCUUGAACUUGCCAAACGUAAAGGUAGAGUGGUAGGGAUCAAUUUCCUUUUCCUUGCUGUUGACUGUUCGGGGGCUCUUUUCUCAAUGUUCAGUGUGAUAUUUGGUAACAUGGACGUGAUGGGGAUCUCCUUGUACUGUAUUUGUGCGGCGUUGGAAAUUGGAAUCUUUUUGAGUCAUUUCAUCUGGUGUUGUAGAUUCAAAUGGUUUGGCAGGGAAAAGGUAUCCGACGAGGAAAAAGAAGUAACAGAAACCAAUAUCGAGACAAUAUCAGUAACGGAUGGACAAGAAAAGAAAACCAAUAAGGAUAUUGCCUAA